GCAGUCAAACGACACAUCCGGCCACUCUUCUCCAGCUCUCCAGAAAGUUCCACGCCGUGGAGCCGCUAUAAGAGCCAGCCAUCUUCCCUCACCGGCUUCGGCGGAACUGUACGACAGCUAGGACGAUUAGAAUUAGUCAAGUAAGGACCAAGUUAGGUUGUCAACAUGGUUCACGAAACUGGCUACUACGAUCUCUUGGGUGUCAGCCCAAAAUGCUCGCAGGAGGAACUCAAAAAAGCCUACAGAAAACUGGCGUUGAAAUAUCACCCCGACAAGAACCCCAAUGAAGGAGAGAAGUUCAAGCUUAUAUCUCAAGCAUAUGAGGUGCUGUCUAAUCCAGAGAAGAGAGAACUGUAUGACCAAGGAGGAGAACAAGCAAUCAAAGAGGGAGGCAUGAGUGGAGGAUCUUCCCCAAUGGACUUGUUCAACAUGUUCUUUGGAGGUGGAGGAAGGAUGCAGAGAGAGAGGAGAGGAAAGAAUAUCAUCCAUCAGCUUAGUGUUACACUGGAAGAGAUUUACAAAGGCAACACCAGAAAGCUCGCGCUUCAAAAAAACGUUAUUUGUGACAGAUGUGACGGUUAUGGUGGUAAAAAAGGUACCUUGGAGAAGUGCUCCGGUUGCAAAGGAAGAGGAGUACAAGUGAAGGUGCAACAGAUUGGGCCAGGCAUGAUUCAGCAGAUCCAAAGCAUGUGUGCAGACUGCCAGGGACAGGGCGAGAAAUUUAGCUCCAAGGACGUCUGCAAGAACUGUAAUGGCCGCAAAGUAGAACGCAAGAAGAAAAUUCUUGAAGUUCACAUUGACAAAGGUAUGAAAGACGGUCAGAGAAUUGCAUUUAAUGGAGAGGGUGACCAGGAGCCCGGACUGGAGCCGGGGGAUGUUAUCAUUGUGCUGGAUCAGAAGGACCACCCCGUGUUCCAGAGAAAGGACGACGACCUGGUGAUGACGAUGAACAUCAAACUCGCAGAUGCUCUGUGCGGUUUCAAGAAAACCAUUUGCACGUUAGAUGACAGAAUGCUCAUCAUCAGCUCACAGCCAGGUGAAGUUAUCAAACACAAUGACAUCAAAUGUGUCCAGAAUGAGGGCAUGCCAAUUUACAGGGAUCCUUAUGAAAGGGGACAGCUUUUGAUUUGUUUCGAGGUGGAGUUUCCAGAGAAAGGCUGGCUUCCAGAGCAUCUCAUGUACCAGCUGGAGAGACUUCUUCCUCCCAGGGAGGAUGUGAUGAUUACUGACGACAUGGAGGAGGUGCAGCUCUGUGAGGCGGACAAGCAGUCACAGGAGAGAAGCCACAGUAGGGAAGCUUAUGAGGAAGACGAGGAGGGUCCCAGAGGCGGAGUGCAAUGUCAGACACAGUGAUCACGGUGUAUGUUAAAUAUGUCGUAGAGCAUGUGGGUUCUGUUGUUUUGGAGUUUUUGUGUGACCAUGCCUUUAAGUCCCAUUUCAUUUCAUUUGCGCUCCCUGAGUUUUCAAAACUGUAUUUAUGGUGUCACCAUCUUAUAUGUUCUCUAUUUAAGGUCCAUGUCUUUUAUAUCCAUGUAUGUUUCCUAUGAAAUCUAUGGCACAUAUGUUUUCUUUUCAGAAGCUGAAUGGACUACUUUUAUGCUUUCUGUGAAGGUAAAUUCAGUCAUGACAAACACAUUCUUGGUUAUUUCUCAAUAAAAGUCCCAGAAUGCUUCAACUUU